AUGCCCAUUCCAACUCCUCACGGUGAAGUUUUGCAAGAUCUCGUCAUCAGAGACGCUCCAAUUAGGGAGAAAUUGGCCCAGGAGGCUCAAUCUUUGCCUGUUUUAAAGCUCACAGACAGACAACUUUGUGACUUGGAGUUGAUCUUGAACGGAGGUUUCUCUCCCUUGAACGGUUUCUUGAAUGAGGACGACUACACCUCCGUUGUGGAGGAGAUGCGUUUGACCUCCAUCAAAGAUGAAAAGACCGGAAAAGGCUUGUUGUGGCCAAUUCCUAUCACCUUCGACGUCAACGCCGAGACCGCGCAAAAGUUGGCUGUGGGCUCGCGUGUGGUGUUGCAGGACUCCAGAGACGAAAAGAACUUGGCCAUUUUGACCGUGCAGUCGAUCUACCAGCCAAACAAGCAGAACGAGGCCGCCAAGGUGUUCCGCGGUGACCCUGAGCACCCUGCUGUCAAGUACUUGAUCGAGACCGCCGGCGAUGUGUACAUUGGUGGUUCCAUCCAAGCUUUGGCCUACCCUACCCACUACGACUACGUCGACCUUCGAAAGACUCCUAGCGAGUUGAGAGAGGAGUUCGCCAGAUUGGGCUGGGACCUGCAAAAGAUUGUCGCCUUCCAGACCAGAAACCCUAUGCACAGAGCACACAGAGAGUUGACUGUCAGAGCCGCCGAGGACAUUGGCGCCGACGGUCACAUUUUGGUGCACCCAGUCGUUGGUUUGACCAAGCCGGGUGACAUUGACCACCACACCAGAGUGAAGGUCUACCAGCAGAUCUUGAAGAAGUACCCUGAGGGCUUGGCCACCAUUUCGUUGUUGCCUUUGGCCAUGAGAAUGGGUGGUGACCGUGAGGCCUUGUGGCACGCCUUGAUCCGUAUGAACUACGGUGUUGACCACUUCAUUGUGGGCAGAGACCAUGCUGGUCCAGGUAAGAACUCUCAAGGUGUUGACUUCUACGGCCCAUACGAUGCUCAAGAGUUGUUGGCUCAAGUCGAGGACGAGAUCAACCACAAAAUCAAGAUUGUUCCCUUCAGAAUGGUCACCUACUUGCCUGAGGAGGACAGAUACGCCCCAAUUGACACCAUCGAUGUCACCAAGGUCAAGACCGCUAACAUUUCCGGUACUGAGUUGAGACAACGUUUGAGAGACGGUUCUGAGAUCCCAGCCUGGUUCUCGUACCCAGAGGUUGUCCAGAUCUUGAGAGAGAGCUACCCACCUCGUUACAGCCAAGGCUUUGCUGUGGUGAUCAAGUCUACCGACAAGCUCGGAGAGUUCUUCAGCACCGCCUUGCAGUCCAUCUUGAACCAGCACAGUGGUGGUCGUCGUGUCACCAAGUUGGACGAUUCCAACAGCAGCUCGUACUUGGUUAACGAGUUCGUCAAGGGUGGUAACGGUGUCAUUGUUCUUCUGAACGCUGAUAUUGCUCCUAUUGCUGCUGCCGUUGGUAAGGACAACUUGAUUGUUGUUCUGGCCAACCCAGAGGACAGCAAUGGUGCCCAGCACUUUGUGUUGUCGGAGGACAUUGUUGGUACCUUGGCUGCCGUCAACGCCUACCUCAAGGAGCAGGGGUUCCAUGCGUAA